AUGUUUUACCCUGACAUUUUUAUAUCUAGAAACAGUCUGCUGUACAGGAUGUAUGUCCAUGCAUGCAUGAAGAGCCAUAGCACAGCUGUUCCUCUUUCUUCCUUGGCCGAUUGCUUAGACAGUGUGUUCAAUAACAGCCUGUCGCUAAGACUGCACUCUAAGCUGAUGCUAUCUAUUGCACACUCUCUGCUUUUGCAUUAUAAGAGCACUUUAUCAUCGACGACAAAAGCACUCUCCAUCAAUGUUCUUCCAUCUCAGAGGACAGGCAGUAGCAGAGUGUCUGACAAUAUAACAUAUAGCUAUAAUUUGGACAUUUUAUGCGAUGCAAUUAGCAAGAGAGUUGCCGAAGUGAAUGAUGAAGUAGAAUGCGCGAGAGGAGCUUCAUCCAGUAUGUCACUGUGUGAUGCCAUGAACAACAGCGCACUAGCAGGUGCCUCUGGAUUGUGUCUGAAUAAUUCUAUGAAUGCAAGCAAUAUUGACGUAGUAAGUGUAAACAGCAGAGAAAAUGCCAAUGAAGUGGAAAGUGCCAAAAGAGUAAGAGUAGAUAGGACAAUUGACUUAGCAAGAGAGAGUAUAAUGAAAAGUGCGAUGUGUGUUGAAAAAUGGUACAAAAGAAUAGUAGACAGUCUGCUCGCAAACGAGUACACAGAGAUAGUUGGAGAUAUUUCAUCAAUCGAAGCCGUCAGAAGGUAUUCAUCCGAUAGGGCAAUGGAUGAGAUAGCGGUAAUAGAUAGGAUCAGUGAUGGCUUGGGUACACAUGAGUACAACUACGAGGUAAACUACAAAUUGGUUGAUUUUAUAAGUCUUUUGCAAGAGAUAACUGAUGGAAAAGUGUCAGCUAUCCAAACAGUGCCAUAUGGCAGAAUAAUAAGGAUAUAG